GUUUUGAAUUUUUCUUUUGCGUAUUUACUUGAAUUAGCACUAAUUAAUUUAUUUCAGACAACGUUUGUAUGCUGACUAAUGUGUAAAAUUUCAGCCAAGUCAUGCUACCUAUAUAUAUAUACCGCCUAAAACGGGCAGGCCCGGGUAUCAUCGGACUAUCCGACAAAUCUUGUCCGAUUGCUGCCUCUCUCUCUCUCUGUGUGAUAAUGACGUCAUUACCCAUUCUUAUUCAUUUAUACUUGUCCUCGGCCAACGUAAAUAAUACAAAGAAAAAUUAGAAUUUAGAACACGGAAAAUUAGGGAAAAAGCUAAAUAUGGGAGGUGGAUAAAAUCUUACCGGAGACAUCAGAAACCCCUUUUCUUCCAGCUCCUGUCGGUGAAUUUUUUCUCCGAAUUUAAGGUUUCUGCAUAUUGUGGAGGAAUUCUGAGGGUUUUUUUAUAAUAAAUAAAAUCCUGAAAUAUAUCAGAGACCUUGUUGCAUUUGCUGGGGGAAUUCACCCCGUUCGUUGUAGAUGAGAAUAGGGUUCCGUGUUGUGGCGUCGCCAAAUUAAAACGAUUUUUUGCUAUUUUCUGUUGGUUUAUAUAAUAGCAUAUUUCCAAAUUUCCGGACAUUAUAGACGUAUAUAAUAAUCGAGGAAGGCAGUCGAAUUAUACAUUUCAUGUUCCAUGGAACACAAUAACUCAAAAGAAAAGGAAGUAAUAGUUGAUAUAGAGAGCGGUGAAGCAAGUGAAUUAGCUAUUGCCCAAAGAGAUCCCGUUUCUGGUAAUAAACCUCGGAAGAUAUCUUUGAACAAACUUGUCAGUGGAGUUUUGGGUUACAAAGGAUCAGACAUCAAUCUGGAUGAGGAGACCAUGGAGCUUUUGGUGGAAAAGAAUCCCGUAGAGCAGCAGAAUAACGGGAUUUUGCCACCUGUCGGAAAGGACAAUAAUGAUAAAGGGAGAACAAAGGCUGUAAAAGUUAAGAAGGCUGCGAAACCACCUCGGCCUCCUAAAGGCCCGCUGUUGGAUGCUGCUGAUAUGAGAAUGGUCAAAGAAAUAUCUAAGAUUGCUAUGAAGAAACGGGAAAGAAUCGAACGAGUUAAAGCUUUGAAGAAGAUGAAAGCAGCUCGAUUGCCAUCACAAUCGUCGUCUUCAUCUUUGGGUGGCACUAUCUCUGCCAUGGUCAUCACAGUUUUGUUUUUUCUCGUGCUUAUUUUCCAAGGUCUUGGUUCGAGCAGCAGUUCAAAUGUAACAGUCGCGGAUGCUCCUCAGCCAGCACCGGAUACAACAGCAGCUGCAGGCUUGACACCUGUCCAGUUUUACAAAACCGUUCUGUCAGAUGACGGUGCUGCACCAAGUUUUGUUCCCCCCAAAUCUGCUGAAUAACUGCCUCGGUUGGAGAUAUCGUUGUACGAGAAAAUUAUCGGAGCUCCAUAUAUUGUGUUACUCUGUAUUCUUGUGUAGCUGUAGAAGUUUUUAAAAGAUCACUGUUGUAUUAAGAAGUUUGCUUUUUCUUCUGCAGAGCAGAGAACACAAAACCAUGGAGAUGAUGAAUCUCUUACAACUAACUAUAUUGCCAAAUAACUCUAUGAUCCUGACGGCUACAUUGUCCAUUCUCUUUUACACGCUUUGCUCCUUUGUAUAUUAAAAUAAAUGCUUAUGCCAUUGUUUUUAUUUUUAUUUUUUCAAGUCUUAUUAUUAUAUGGAAACAAAAAGAUGCUUCGAAGUAUCACUAUUGCAUGUUUCUCUUCU